GGAGGACAAAAAAGAUGGAAAAGUAAUCUUCAUUAACGCAAUAAUUUUUAUACCAAUAAUGUAAAGAGCGGCAGAUAUAUAUGUAUGGCAAUAUAUCAUCAAUGUAUAAAGGAAAUUGGUAUGCCCAAUUUUUGCUAUUAAAUCAAAGCCGAUGACAAACAAAGUUGGUGCAUGAUGAUUAAUCAGAACAUCUUACUUCCGAAACCGUCCGAAACACACUUCGACUUGAUAUAACUUCGACUUAUCACAAUUUGUUUUUUAAAGCGUCCUGUUUGGAUUUUAGAAAAUGCAUGCCAAUGCAGCGUCUGAUCGGGGUGGGUCGUGGAGACUCCCACCAGAUGAGACGUUACAGGUUCAGGAUCCCAAACAAAAAGAUCAAGACUUGGAUCUCGAUGAAGGACACAAUUGGCGCAGCAUUAUCUUCUCCUUACUAGUUAUUAGUUUUGUAAUAGCUGGUAUAAUAACUGCUAUAUAUUUAUUGGGAUAUGUGGACGAACUCUUGUAUUGGUCGGGUCGUCGAAUGAUCCUUGAUGAAUAUUUACAGGGCGAAUUAACGCCGACUAGAUUGCAACCUUCUUGGGUGACAACGAAGAAAUACGUAUUUCAAUCAGACGACGGGGGACUUUCCAUAUUGGAUACGACAACGAACUCAGUUAAUAUAUUAGUAACAAAUCAUACAAUUCGUCAACUAAAUGUACGGGGAUAUCAGUGCACGCAUGAUCUUAAAUAUGUGCUCUUCAGGCAUAAUGUAAAAAAAAUAUUUCAGAAAUCGUUUACUGCGUUUUACACAAUCUAUGAUGUAGAUAAUGAUCAUCACAUGCCAGUAAAGUUAAAAGACUCUUCAAAGGUACAAAGAACCCGUCUUCAAUAUGCGGCCUGGCUGGGGAAUACAACUUCAAUCAUUAUUGUUGCUGACAAUGAUAUAUUUGUACGACAAUCGCCUUCAAUGGAAGAGGACAUUAGGAUAACAACGACGGGCCAUGAGAAUAGUAUUUAUAAUGGAGUACCAGAUUGGCUAUACCAGGAGGAAAUUUUUGAUAUGCCGGAAGCAAUUUGGUCGUCCACUGAUGGAAGUCACUUCAUGUUUGCCUUAUUUAAUGAUACUCAUGUCGGGAUGAUGACAUAUCCAUGGCUAUCAUCUGGAGCUAUUAUCGCUGGUAGCGGUAUGACAUCGGGCAGCUCAUUUCCGGAGACUAAAAAUGUUCGAUACCCAACGCCAGGCACUGCCAAUCCAGAAGUUCAAUUAUGGAUAGUUGAUAUUACUAAUUUUAUGUCUAUAGCUAAAAUGGAAUUGAGACCACCCCCUUCUUUAAUUGGACAAGAUUAUUACCUAACUUCAGCUAGUUGGGUCUCCGGUAGCAAUCAUCAAGUCUCUGUGGUUUUUAUGGUACGAUCUCAAAAUUAUACAAUAAUCGCGACAUGCUCAAAAGAUCAAAAUUGGACAUGUUCAGAGAUCCAUUCUGAACGUGCUCCUGAAGAUGAAUGGCUAGAUAUAUUUCCACAUCCCGUCUUUGCACCCGAUGGCAACAGUUUUUUACUGCUCGCAGGUAUUCAGGAGUCGGGAAAUGAUCAUUUUACCCACAUUAAACACAUUACCAUCUCACAGCAAAGGAUUUCCGUAAUAUCUCAUGGCCGCUAUGAGGUGUUGAAAAUUCUUUGUUGGGAUACUGCAAAUCACAUUGUCUAUUAUCUGGCUACACAAGAUAAGAAGCCUGGCCAAAGGCAUCUAUAUUCGGUCAAGGAUCCCGUUCAUGAUGAUACUAGAAAAAGCGAGCCACAGUGCAUUACCUGCGAUUUGGGAGAAGCACUUUGGAGUAGUAGAUAUUAUUAUGUCAACUGUUCCCAUUUCGACGCCUUCAUAACACCCACAACUGGUAUUGCAACCAGCUAUGGAAUUGAUUUCUACAUUCUAGAAUGUCAAGGUCCAGGAUUACCUGUGUCAGGAGUUCAUAUGCAAAAAACGCACAGUCUUGUCAAGAUUUUAUACGAUACACGACCUUUCUAUACAGAAAGGCUACAGAAACUGGCACUACCUAUUCAAAGAUCAUUCGAAAUUCCAUUGCCCCAUGGUAGCCGAGCUCAGGUUCAGCUACUUUUACCACCCAGCUGGAGAGAGGAGCUCAGGGAUGCAGCAUUUCCUGUAGUCGUUGAAGUAAAUGGACGUCCAGGUUCGGAGUCAGUUUCGGAGAAAUUUCGAAUAGAUUGGGGUACAUAUAUGUCGUCCAGAAAUGAUGUUAUCUACGUACGUUUGGAUGUGAGAGGAGCAAAAGGUCAAAGCAAAAAAGCCUUAUAUCGUCAUUUGGGGGGCGUGGAAGUUCAGGAUCAAAUAUCUGUAUUAAGAUAUCUUCUGGAUACCAUAAGUUUUCUAGAUGAAACAAGGGUGGGAAUUUGGGGCUGGGGUUAUGGUGGUUAUGUGACCUCCAUGGUUUUGGGCACUCAACAAGAUGUCUUCAAAUGUGGAAUAUCGAUCUCUCCAAUUGCUGAUUGGUUGUACUACAAUUCCGCAUUCACUGAACGCAUAUUGGGACUUCCUGCCGAGAACUAUAAGGGAUAUGUUGAAGCUGAUGCAACGCAACGAGCUCGUCUUAUCAAGUCAAACUCAUUUUUCUUAAUUCAUGGCUUGGCUGACUCUACGGCACCCUAUGUCCAUGGUGUUCAGCUGGCCAAGUCUUUGACAGAAGCUAAUAUAUUAUAUCGAUAUCAGACUUAUGCUGACGAAGGCCAUGAUCUCAAUGGAGUUUUAGAGCAUGUCUACUCAUCUAUGGAACACUACUUUGCGGAGUGCUUGAGCUUGGAUCCGGAUGAUACUAAGCCCGAUUUAGAUCAAAACAUGGUACCUGCUGAGUAGCAGACUUAGAAAUCUUCAAUGUGUAAAUAGAGUAGGUUAAAUACUAUCUUAAUAUGAGUAUUAUAUAGACUUCAAAACUGUUAUACUAUAAUAAUUACACAAAAUUUGUUGUAUUUUUUUUAGCUCAUUGAAAACGCUAUAUAUACUCAAUAAUAUAUUAUAUUUACAUAUAAUAGGCAUGCCAUUCGAUAUUGUUCCGAUUCAUUUUUUAAUUUUGAAAAGCAUAAAAAUGUAUACCAUUUAUAAGAGAAAAAAAUAAUGAAAAAGAAAGGAAAAUAGUGAGAUAUUUGCUAGAAAAUACCAGUUUAUCUUCCUUAUACAUUGCUUCCGUUAACAGAUCUUCCUAGAGUUUACACAGAUUAGUUUAUAAUGUUUUAAUAAAUGAUUUCUUCCGAUUUGUAUGAUAUUUACAGACGAAGCCGUAAGAGUUUAGUUAAAAUAAUUAAAACACUUGAUAAGUAAAAUCGAAUCUCUAAAUGUCACCAUAAAAUUUUGAUUCAUAGCUUCAAAGAUAAAAUAAAGCUACUGUUGAUUGUACGAUUGACUAGAAAACAGAAAUCAUCUAGUUACAUCUAUUGAUUUUUUUAAAAGAAUAUUAUUAAUUAUAUAAGUAUUGAAAAUUAGAUAAGAUAAUUACAAUAAGCAAUUAAUAAUGUAAUAUUUAAUCGUAAUCAGCUGAUAAUUAAACUGCACUUUGCAGAUGCCAUUGCUGCCACACUACCCCCUCUCCAAAAUGUAUAGACCCCGUUGUCCUAGCUACUCAAUUUGGUUGUUAUUUAGGCUUGCAGAAAUCUAAGGGCUCGGAAGCUGCUCGGUCGAUUAAGAGGUUAACUAAUCAUUUGUACAACAAUUGCUUAAAGUCAGUAAUUUUUAUUAUCAGUAUGUAAAUAGCACAUUAGGAAUGCAUACAUACUAUGUAUGGAUAUAACUUCAGUAAUACAAUUAAUAUUUACACCCUGUUGCCAUCAGAUAGAUGGGUGUCAAGGGUAUCGUUCUAGGCAUGUCUGUCUGUUUCUUUCUUAAAAAUUAUUCUCAACCUUAAGUCUGUGUACAGGGUAUCGCUGAGUCGGUCACUGUCGACUCUAUCAUCUUUGUAUUUCAUUUGGUUGAACUAUCCAAAUUACUCAACUUUAUCUUUGGACAUUGUUAUUGUUAA